CGACUUGUGCCUUAUUGCAAAUGGCCAGCUGUGGAAGGUGAAAGGAACGAAGGGAGAACAUGGGAAUGAAUGCAGAAGAAGGAGGAUUAUUUCAUUUUUCAUUUUUGCCCGCUACAAUUUUACACUGGACUGUGAGUGGGGAUAAUGUUGGUGCUGCUCUUGCAUCAACUGCCUGAAGACAUUCUCCUGCUGCUCUUCUCUUACUCUGACACCCAGACCCUUGGCAGGUUGUCCCAGGUCUGCAAGAAAUUUCACUCCCUCAUCAGCAGGGACACCCUCUGGAGGAGGAUAGCCAAAGUCUCCCUCAACACCGGUAUUACCAGGCUCGGCAGAGACACGUUUCCCCAAAUUGCACUCAAAGAGCGAGUGAAGUUCUCACAGAACUGGAAGCGUGGGAGGUGUCGCCAGGAGAUUUUGCUGAGGUGGAGGUACAAUUUAUUGCCGUGGUUACAGCUGGAUGAUCAGUGGCUCUACCUCUCCCAAGCAGCUGAUAUCCGAGCAUAUCCUCUAAGGCAGAACAGUGUCAGCUUUCAGCGACGGCCUGUCUCCGUGUAUACUGGCCAUCAGGAUGAUGUCUGCCGGUUUGUCGUCAAUGAAUCACAUGUUAUCAGUGGUGGUGGAGAUGGGAGGAUCAUUAUCUGCAACACUUGUAACUCGUUUUGCACAGCCUACUCAGCACAUGAUCAAGAGGUCAACUGCAUCGACAGCCGAGGACAUGUCAUUGUUAGUGGUUCAAGAGACAAGACAGCACGGAUUUGGUCACUAUGCUCCAAUCGGCUAGGAGAAUGUUUACACAAGAUAAGGACAGAAGAUCGAGUUUGGUCGGUGGCCAUUAACCCUACACUGAGUUCUGUCAUGACGGGGACUGCUUGCUGUGGGCAUGCCUCACCCUUACGGAUCUGGGAUCUUCAGAGUGGUCAACUUGAGAGCUGUCUGGGGUCUGAUUUCCGCAGGGGAGCAGGGGUCUUAGAUAUCCUGUACGAAACUCCCUCAGUGGUGCUGACCUGUGGAUAUGACACCUACAUCAGACAGUGGGAUAUGCGAGCCAGCAUUAGACGCAGUGUGAUGGAAUGGGAAGAACCUCAUGACAGUGCAUUGUACUGCUUACAGACAGAUGGAAAUUUCAUGAUUGCCAGUGGCUCGUCCCGCUAUGGUGUUGUGCGUCUCUGGGACAAGAGGCAGACAAAGAGUCUACAGGUUUUUUUCCUCUCCUCCCCCAGCAGCAGCAGCCCUGUUUACUGCCUCCGAUUUACUACCUCACAUCUCUACAGUGUCUUGGCCCAUGCGCUUUACAUGUUGGAUUUUACAAUCUGUGACCAACAGCACGGGAAAUAAAUGGAUGAGAAUACCAAAUACCAGGGAUCCCAAUACUGCACAUCAGAAGUCGACAUGUUGUCAGUUGCUACUUUGAGACAGGAAUUACUCAUUCACAUCCAAUGCCGCAAUCCCUUAAAGAAUCGCAUUUUUGUUUUUAAAUAGAGGAAGAUUCCUUUAUUUGCAAUAAAUUUUACGACUUAUCUGUUAA